AUGUCCAAGACUGUUAAAGUUGCUGCCAUCCAGGCCGAGCCUGUUUGGAAUGACCUCCAGGGAGGUGUGGACAAGUCGAUUUCGCUGAUCCAAGAGGCGGCCGAGAACGGCGCAAAUGUCAUUGGAUUCCCCGAGGUUUUCAUCCCCGGCUAUCCAUGGAGCAUCUGGGCCAAAUCUCCCACUGAAAACGCGCCCUACAUGACCGAGUAUUUCAAGAACUCGUUGGUCCGCGAGUCCCCCGAAAUGGACCAAAUCCGGGCUGCCGUUCGCGAAGCUGGCGUUUUCUGUGUCCUAGGAUACAGUGAGCGGUACAGGGGAACUUUGUACAUUGCCCAAUCCUACAUAGAUGAGACAGGCACAAUUGUCUAUCACCGCCGUAAGAUCAAGCCAACUCACGUUGAGCGUGCCAUCUAUGGCGAUGGCCAAGGCGAAUCGCUUCAGAAUGUCGUCGACACCAAGUUUGGCAAGGUAGCAGGACUCAACUGCUGGGAGCACACGCAGACACUGCUGAGGUACUACGAGUAUUCCCAGGAUGUUGACAUUCAUGUCUCUAGUUGGCCUUCCAUCUUCAAGGAAAAUGUUCCAGAGUGGCCGUACCAUAUUACGCCCGAAUGCUGCAAAGCCUUCUCGCAUGUGGUCUCAAUGGAAGGGGCCUGCUUCGUCAUCCUGUCGAGCCAGAUUAUGACCGAGGCGAAUAAGAAGAAGGCUAACGUCGAGGGUUACGACUACACGAAGGAAUCUGGUGGAGGGUUCAGCAUGAUCUUUUCACCCUUUGGAAAGGAGUUGGUGAAGCCGCUGCAGCCUCACGAGGAGGGAAUUCUCUAUGCGGACAUCGACCUCGAGGAGAAGAUCAAAGCGAAGCAAAACCUUGAUAUUGUUGGACAUUAUUCCCGACCUGAUUUGCUGAGCCUCCGAGUCAACACUGACGCUGCGAAGCCUGUCUUUUUGGCCAAAGAUGCUUGA